CGCUCAGUAAGCCGCUUUUCAAUCGACAUACACGCCAGCAGUCACGUAACGUCACGGUCAGAGACAUGGGGAAGAUACAGCCAAAGAAGCGCAAUGGCGCAUCUUCUGGCUCGCCGUACACGAAACGCGUAUCCGGCGGGGUUAAAAAGAAUCCGAUUUUCAAAUUCAAUACCGACAUUGGUCAGCACAUCUUGAAGAAUCCCGGUAUUGCGGACGCGAUUGUCGAUAAGGCGAAUAUAAAGGAACAUGAAGUGGUUGCAGAGGUCGGUCCCGGAACAGGUGUUUUGACCAGGCGAAUUCUACAAAAAGCGAAGUCUUGUGUGGCGGUGGAGUUGGAUGCACGUAUGGCUGCCGAGCUUACGAAGAUGGUCCAAGGAACGCCGAUGCAGAGGAAGUUGAGGAUAAUCCUCGGUGAUUUCAUCAAAGUUGAUCUCAACGAUAUUGGACACUUUGACGUCUUCAUUUCAAACACCCCGUAUCAGAUUUCGUCGCCUCUUGUCUUCAAACUUCUUGCCAUGCCCCGCCCGCCACGUGUUUCUAUAUUAAUGGUCCAGCGCGAAUUCGCACAGCGCUUGAUUGCGCGACCGGGGGACGCCAUGUACAGCCGACUAAGUGUAAAUGCACAGUUUUUCGCUAUAUGCAGCCACAUAAUGAAGGUCGGCAGAAAUAAUUUCUCGCCUCCGCCCCAAGUUGAAUCCAGCGUUGUUCGAAUUGAACCCCGACCCGAUCGACCAGAUAUAUCGUGGGAAGAAUUUGAUGGAAUGCUACGUAUUUGCUUCAACAGGAAAAACAAAACGCUUCGGUCGAGUUUCUUUGUGAAGCAAGUCCGUGAACUUAUUGAACGAAAUUGGGUUACGUGGGCCUCCAUGUUUCCGGAACAGGUCAAAACAGAAGACACAGAUUUCUUGCAAGGUCAAGGGCAAUUGGAAAUCGAAAACUUGUCGAUGGAUGUCGACGAUGAUACCAAUAAUAUUGAUAAUGAUAACGACGUCCCAGCUGACGAAGAUGAUACCAUGCAAGACCUUAUCUUCGGCCUGGAUAACGACAAGUCUAAGCAGCAGAAAAAAGACAGCCCAAAGCUUUCUGGCAAGAUGGUCUCCAUUAAUGGCACGCAAGUCGAUAGGGCACGGUUAGCGCGGCUGAUUCAAGUCAAAAUCCAGAGAGCGCUGGAUAAGUGCGAGUUGUCCAACCAGCGAAGUCAAAAAUGCGACGAGACAGCAUUUUUGCACCUUCUUUAUGCGUUCAACCAAGAGGGAAUACGUUUCUCCUAGUCCUGAGUCUCCUAUCAUUUGUUUCCCAUGGGGUUUUGGCGCACAUAAAUGCGUAUAUUCGGAGAUUUGUUUUUCGGGAUGCUGCAUUUCUCAUCUAAAAUAGCACAGAUACCUUAUGCUUUCCUCUUUAGAAUUUAAACUUUUAGUUCUUUCUUCA